AAAAGGAGAAACACGCCGUGUUAGAUUCAGAAUUUUCUCUAGAGCUCGUGCUGUAAAGUUUGUAAUUCUACUAACGGUAAUCAACACCAGUUUUACUACGAGUUUUUAAUUACUAUGGCUAUGUACCCCAACGCUACCAAAGGAUAUAUGCCUUUUGUGAGUGCACCAGUCAAGAGACACCAAGGCAAAAGAACCAAAUCAGAGAUGACAACCAAAUCCAAGACGUCAGCAGAUACCAAAACGUAUAAAGUUACUUUACGAGAUAGAAAUGGUUAUACCUACACUUACAUCAUACAAGCUGACGGUACCAAGUCUUUACCCGUUUUAUGUGAAUCAAAAAUCAGUGGACCUGGUCAAGGAAAAUCAUUACCAGACAUCGCUAGAGAAUGUGUAAACAGACAUAGAGUUAGAACUUUAAGUGCCCCAUGUUCUACCAGCUCCGGUGACGGUCAAGACAGUGAAAAGAAGGAAAAGGGAAUCUUUAACACCCUUUUACAAUUUUUAAGAAAAAAGACCGCCUCUGGAAAAUCUAAACGAAAACCUAAACCCGUUGUGCAGAAAAAACGUCAAAGGACAAUUUCAGCUAUGUCUAAUUUGGACCCAAUCCAAGAAAGUCCAGAGGAGGACAAUCUGGAUGAUGAUGAUUCCUACACCCAUGAUUCCAGUUCCGACAACGAAAGUGUAUCGGAUCACGAACCUUGAGUUAAACGUUCCAGAAGCAACAAAGACUGACUAUGUCGCCUGGGUUCAUUCCAAAGUGGUACAGUACUUGUUUCAUCAUCAGUGCAGUAAGGUGGCUGACAUUGGAUCUGGAAUGAAAAUGGUUUUUGAUAACAAUAAGGACAAACAGGUCCAACAGACUGUGGUGUGUGAAAGAUCUAACAGUGCAGACGGAUGUUGAAGACGGAGAUCCAGCUUGUCUUACCCACGGCCUUUAUGAACAUCUUUGAUCAUAAUUGGGAACAUCGCUAACUAUACCAAAGUGUUUUCUGAUUCCAGCCUUAUGAAAUUAGCAUUACUCUAGAACAUUUUAAAUGAGACUAGAACGGUGAAGUGCUGUUUAUGAACAUGGUUAGACUAUUCUAUGCAAGCAUUCUUAUAAUUGACAUUCUUAAAGGAUAAAUAUCUGUGAUUUGAUUUAACUUUCAUUUCAAGCAACUUUUCAGUUCAGUGAAUGGGUCAUGCCUAUAGAAAUUUCUGUUCAUCCGUAAGGCUUUGCUUAAAGUAUCGUAAGCCUAAAUCUUUUUGUUAAUGCUUGUAGACAUAUAAGAGUUGGUUCUGAACCACUAAAGACAAAUAAUUUAUUUUCAUACGUAAUCAAUGCAAUUGAUAUAUUUUGUUAAAACUUUGUCCAAUGAUGAAACUGUGGCAACAACGAAGACGUGAAUGAGCUUACAGACUGAACACGAUAUUGAAUCGUGCUCACUGUCCUUGAGUGAAGAGUAUGAAUGUGUAGGCGUUGGUUGACUCUAGACUAUACAUUCCAAUAUUGGAUGUAUUUUGAAUGUUAUUUAAUUGUUGAGUUUGAAAUUGGGUAUUGGUUAUGACUGUUAUUUAUUAAGAGUGAAUGGUAACUUAUGGAAUGAGAGCAAGAUAGCAUGAAUGUGAAAAUGAAUGAAUGAAUGAUAAUUUGACAUGUGCCUCUUCCAAAUGUUCCAAAAUAAUUUUGACUUUUUUGAGAUCAGAAUACUUGAGAAAAAAAAAGAAAUUUAAAUCAAUAUCAAAAUUUUAACUUUAUUCGUCGAAGAUACUUUGAACUUUUGUCGUAACACGCCUUUUAUGACCUAUUGGCUAUUACGAUUUCUAGUAAAUUUCCAUCACGCGCUACUACUAUUUUUAACCUUUUGUUGAUAAAUGUGAAUAAUCACGAGGCGGUUGAAAUGGCGCAAUAUGAUUGGCUGAUGAUUCAUCCAAUGGAGAAGCCAUUCCGUAAAUGGCCGACCAUGUAAACAUUGAGUUGUAUGAGUAACGUAUACUGAUCUCAAGAAACUUUAAACCUGUCUCAUUCCUCUUCUGAAAAUAUUAUCCAUGUGUAACUGUUAAAUGUAAGCUUAGAAGUGUAUAUGACAUUAAUUUAUGCUUAUCAAUGCAAAUUGUUUUGUUUUUGUGCAAUUGUUUGAUUUAAAAAAUGGUAAAAAACAACAAAAAAAAUAUUAAUAAAAGAAAUAUUUUAAAAGAU